AUGACCGAAAAGUCGCUCCUUCUGAAGUGCGACUUCGCUGGUCGUUACUUCAUAGUCGGCACAGACUUCCCCACAGCACGCAUCUUCGACACAACGACCUCAUCCCUAGCCGCUGUCGUGGAAUUGCCCCUACGCAGUCGCACAUUCUCGCUCGCUGCAUUGACACUGACGUCGCUCGCGAUUCGCCAAGCGGAGGAGGCCGCGGUGCCAGCGACAAGUAGGAAUGGCAGCGCGCUUGCUGGUCACCGCAGCGAGGCGCUUCUCAUCAGCAAGGUCGCUACGUAUUACGCCGCCGUUGGCCUCAGCGACGGCACGGUGAUCCUGCACGAUGUGCACCGUGACGCUCAGCUCGCCCACGUGCAAGUGUCAGAGACACGGCAGCCAAUCAUCUCGCUGCAGAUAUGUGGCGGGUACGCGUUCUGCUUGGCUGCCAACCAUAUCCUUUACGUGGCGCACAUUCAGAAUGCCGCCGCAGGGCCGUGUCUACGUCUGCGCGUGCAGCCUGAUGCGAGCUCGAUCGCGGUCACCACAAUCAUCACUCCUACGGACACAGCAGCGGGGAGGACGACCUCCACGGCAGAAAGCGCCACUGUCGCGUAUCGCGUCUUCCGGGUGUUUGUCUCGGGCCCUACAAACGCACUGUACGAGAUGCGGGCGCUGGCGAACACCAUCAGCAGCAGCAGCUGCAGCGGUGGCAUGGCCGGCUCGGCUACCGCCAACACGGCAGACGUGCCGCAGGUGAACAUGACGAAGCUCCUGGCAUUUCCAUCUCAGGGAACGAGUGCCGAGUUUGCAUGGGUGAGCAAUGUGGUCCCAUCAGCUCUGUCUGCUAGUGGUGGCUCGUCGGACGCCCUAGUCUCGCUGCCGGCCAUCACAGCCAGUGCGCAAGACGGCGUUGUGCGUGUCUGGGACGUGCAAUACACACCGCCGUCGUCCUCUGCCGCCGCCUCCCUCCUCACCACCGGUCUUGAUAGCGCCACCGCGUCGUCAACAGCAGGGGUGACGCGGUGCCGCCGUACGCUACUGUGCGGGCAGCGCAUCCUCAACGUGUCCGUGCUGCCAGACACGGCCAACGGCAGCCAUAAGUGCAGCUACAUCAUGGUGACCACCCUAACUGGUUCAGUGCUCCUCUGGAGCCUCGGUGACGCUCUACUGCCGCCAGUAGUGGAGCCGGUGCCACUGAAGCCGGAUGUGGUGCUCGUGUCUGCAGUAGCGGCUGGUCGGCUCCUCUUCGGUGCACUUCGGCCGGCCUCUGGAGCACCGAGCCAUGCCGCCACACCAGGCAGCCCGUUGCGUUCUCUGGAGGUGACCCUGUUGCGCGGCCGCUUCGCCCUGCCCAUGUUUGAAACCAGAAACAUUGGCGACGCCGUGGAUCAGGCGUCGUCAGCAGCUGCCGCAGCGCCGCCGGAGCCAGUAGCCACCACGGACCCCGCCACUGGCGCCAAGCCGAAGGCAAAGGCGGCGAAGGUGAACUCUUCCAACGCGCGACACACGGCCCUCGCCACCCUCGCCCUCGGCGUGGCGGGCACCAUCGCGAGCGCCGUCACCGUCGUGGAGCUGCCGCUGAACUCAGCCCAUGCCUCGUUGCUGGCAAGCCAGCGCGAUGCGGAGUACGUUCUCCAGCAUACCACCGACGCGGCCACAAGCACCUUCGUCGUGUUGGACACCGUCUGGGCAGCACACCAGCAGCAGGUUGCCGCAAGGGCAAGCCAGUACAUGACAGACGCCUUCAAAGCACCACAGCUGUAUCAUGCCAAGUCCAUUCAGGACCUGCCAGUGAAGCAGUACACACUCGAGCAGCGGCUGCAGCAGGUGGCCCGUGAAGAGGCGGCCGCCUCGCUGCGGCGGAGGCAACUCGGCACUGACAAUGUGGCGGCCGCAGAGGGAGCAAAUGACCAUGACGAUGCCCUCGAGCAGCGCCAAGGGGGCACGGUCAAGGUUGGUCGCAGUGUUGUGUCGCAGCACGCCCUCGGCCUCGCUACCGUGCCCCUGUACCAGGCAUUACACGCGAAUGACACGUCAGCUGUGAUGGACCUGCUGAGUAUGUCCGCCCGGUCUGCUAAGGGCAUGCGGGCGACAGUACUUUCUCUGCAGCUUCCGUACUGCCUGCAGCUGCUGCAUGUUAUCUCAGAGCGCUUGGGAUUGUGCAGUAAGGCAGUGGAGAAAGUCACGCCAGCGUUGCAGGCCGGUGCGGGUGACAGUGCAGAGUCAACGAUUGGGAGUGCUACGGCGGGGCAGGACAGCCAUACUACCGGCAACCUGGGAGGCAGCACCGCGGCCGACGCGGUCGCACAGUCCGCAGACACCAAUAAGGGCAGUGGCAGCGGUGCCGCACUGCGCGGAGGGGUGGCAGCCUUCUCAAUCCGAUCCUCGCUUCUGGAGUGGAUCGACGCCAUUGUGCACUACCGUGGCAGCGAGCUGCUAACAGUGCAGCGCGACUGGGACGCGCGGGAGGCGAGCGGUCAGACGAGUGAGGCGACCCCGCCGAUGGCUGCCUCCCCUCCCAGAGACUUUCUCGCCCCCAUCUUGCAUCACUACGAGAGCCUGUGCAGCCAGUACGACAAAUUGGCUGUUCUGUAUGGGCGGCUGUCGAUCUUCAAGUCCGUCCGACCUUCGCAGAAGAACGACUUCACGAACAUUCCGCGUAAGUCGCUAGCCUCCAAUGUAGAGAUGGGGCGCCCAGUGCCAGACGUCAACGGCGGCCUCGCCAGUAGGAGUGGCUCCAGCAAGCGACGCCUGCACCUCAUCGGGCGAAGCAGCGUCAUUGAUGACGACAUCGUCUUCCCCGUAAUGUUCAAAGAGUCCCGCUCGCGGUCUGGCCUUCGGGUGGUGCGCGUCCGCAGCAAGUUGGAGAUCGAGAAGAAGCGGCGGCAGCGCGAAAACAAGGGCUUAGCCCUGCAGAAGCGGGCGCGUGUGCUAGCGCAGGAGCAGCUUCGGAGCACCAAGGCUGCGCACAGCAUCCUCGACGACAACAGCGACAUGAAGCGCGGCGGCGGCCUUGAUGACAUGGACCAGAUCAUGAUGGCCGAGGUGGCGGGCAAAGACGGCGAGAUGAACCUGGACAUACUGGAGGCAAUGGACCUCGCUGAUGAUUCGAGCGACGCUGAUGUGUCCAGCGACAGUUCCUUCGACGACGAAGAGGAUGAAGAGGGUGAGGACUACAGUGAGGAAGAAGGGAAGAGUCCCACCGUUGCCCGUAACAAGAGUAAGAAGACCCGCAGGGAGGCUGUCGUGACGGACGAAAUGCUAGCCGACGCUGGAGAAGAGAGUGACGACCACCAGGAUAAGGACGAUGACACAGCCCUUGACAGCAGCGAGGCCGAUUUCUCUUCUGGCAGCGACGACGCAGUUGACUCCGAAUCUCUCGAUAGCGACGAUGAAGAGAGUGAUGAAGACGACGAGGGCAGCGACGAGGGCAGCGACGAGGAAGAAAGUCCUGACGACGACGAGGCGCAGGCGUCUGACGAAGAUGACGGCAUGGGCGAAGACAUGCAGGAGCUGCUGACCCAGCAUGAGGGGGAUGAGGAUCGCUCAGAUCGUCGCAAAGCAAAGAAGGUGCGUACUGACUAA